UCCCUAUGGCAUCGUCUUUGCUCACAAUGGCAAUCUCACGAACACUCAAGACCUAAAGCGAUUCCUCGACACAGACGCUCACAGACAUAUUAAUACGGAAUCUGAUUCGGAAUUAUUACUCAAUAUAUUCGCCAAUAACCUCCAGAAGACGGGCAAGUUCCGCAUUAAUGAGGAAGAUAUAUUCACGGCCAUCAAAGACUUGAUGAUUGAGUGUAAAGGUGGAUAUGCGUGUGUAGCCAUGAUUGCUGGAUUUGGAAUCAUUGCUUUCCGAGACCCUUGUGGAAUACGACCUGUUGGAAUGGCGAGGAGGGACAUUCCCGGGACUGAUGAACACGACUAUCUGUUUUCCAGUGAAAGUGUAGUUGCAGAUGCAGCAGGUUUCAAUCAUUGGGAAGACGUGAGAGCGGUCCUUGUCCCUGAUAAACAGUUUGCACCCGAUAUUUUCGAAUGGGUCUAUUUUGCGCGACCAGAUUCCGUACUCGAUGGCGUCUCUGUGUACCGAAGCCGGAUGGCCAUGGGCGAUCUCCUGGCUGAAGAAGUGCGCAAGGUGUUGGACGCAAAGAAAAUUUCUGUAGACGUUGUACCCGAUACAUCUAGGGUAGCUGCCUUGAAUUUGGCACAAAAGCUCGGUCUACCGUACCGAGAAGGGUUCGUGAAGAAUCGAUAUGUUGAUCGGACAUUCAUUAUGCCCGGCCAACAAUUACG